CCAUAUAAUAGUCGUGGUUUUGAUAAUCAAGAAGAAAUAAUGACUAGGAAGUUAGAUAAUUCUGAAUACUGCCCUAUAGUUCCAGUUCUUCCAUCAUAUAAGUCAAAGGUAAGUGAUGAGAUUCAGGACUUUUUUGAUUCUAUACCUAUUACUAACAAUACUAUUUUAGAAUAUGCUGAGCGUGAAAUUUCUGACUCAUCUAGUAAUGCGAUUGAUGAAAAAGAUUUACCUUUGCUGGAAGCAGUCACACAGUGGUUAAAAAUGCCAGCCCAUAUUCAAUCUACUGAUCUUUCCCAAGAUAUAUGUCAUGUCGAUACUACUAUCUCCAAAAGAGACACAGUUGAGAAAAAGAUAUCCGAAUCCUUAGACACGAUAUGCCCGCCUCCGGCAAUUUCUCU